AUGGUGACUGAAGCCAAGGUGAAUGGCAGUGGGGCAGAAGCCCCGAGUGAGCUCCUCCCUGCAUUAGCAGAAAAACCUGUUGGCUUGCCACCCGGCAAGUAUGCACUUGUUGGUUGGGAUAUGGAUACUACUGGAAGAAGGCUAAUUGAUGAGAUUUGCCAAAUAGCUGCCUUCACUCCAAAACAAACAUACUCUCAAUAUAUAAUGCCAUAUGGGGAUUUAAACCCAGGUGCUCGUAGACGUCAUAAUGUACGUGUAGUUACUGUUGGUAGAUAUCGAAUGCUAAAGGAUACUAAUACUCAUAAGAUACUAAAAACAAAGUCUGAAAUAUCAGCUCUUUCUGACUUCCUAGACUGGCUGGAGAAAGAGAAAGGUGAUGGUAGUGUAAUACUUGUAUAUCAUGAACCACGUCGUUUGAGCCCUACUAUGUUGUUAGAAGCUCUUACUCGUUAUAAGUUAUUAGACCGUUUCAAGACAAUAGUAGCUGGCUUCACAGACAGCUAUGCAUUGGCCGCAGAUAAAUGUAAAUCUACAGUCAAGUCUGUGUCCUUAAGAGUGUUAGCAAGAGUUCUUCUAGAUGCAGACACACUGUCAGUAGAUAGUGCACUCGAUAGAGCUACGGCUGCAUAUAGAAUUGUAGAGCAUCUUGCACAAGGUGAACAACAAGAAGUAGGUGCGGGGGGUGAAGGAACCACAGCAAGCAAAGAUAUGGUAGAGACAGCCCGAGCGUGGGCACGUCCGGUUCACACCGAGUUGGAAGCAUUGGCUAACUUUAAGAAGUUGUUAGAAAGACAAAACACAUUCCGUCCUGUCUUCGCACCAUUACUGCGGCUGGCGCGACCGGAGCGCAAGCGCGUCACCCAACUACGUCGUCUAUUGGCUGACGCGGGUCUCUUAUACGACCAACUACGUGACGCCUGGCAAGAAAACAAACUGACAGGCCUAGAGAAACAGUUGGAAGCACUAUCCCUAUCUGUGUCUGCUAAGGAAGAGGAUAUAAAGGAACUGAUAGAAAUAUUUGACUGCCAUUUUGAUCCCGAAAAAGAGCCAAAAGGUCCUAAGCCGCGACCAACAAAUAAAAAUAGGGCCACGUCAUCAGCAGGAGAGACGGGAGAGGCUGAAGGUAGCACUAGUGAAUCACAAAAGACAUCAACUCAAAAUUCUCCAAACAAGACUAAUAAUGAUAUAAUUGCAGAGCCUAGUCAAAACUCAACUCCUGAAGUAGCGGCCAAC